AUGGACAAAAAUGGAACGAUAUUUUAUCCGAUUAUCAGUUCUAUACAGAAAAUGGCCCUUUACGAAACAAAAUCUAAAUAUUACUUAGUUGGCUCCAACAACAGCCAGACCCGUUUCCGCGUACUGAAAAUCGACCGCACCGAACCCAAAGAUUUAGAAAUUCACGAUGACAAAGUGGAAUAUUCAGCGGAAGAAAUUCGAGAUUUGGUCAACAUGAUCGAAUCGGGCAAUCGGAAAACCUCUGCAACCAUCAGUGGAAUCUCCAGAUACAUUUCGGCUUUUGGAAUUGUAGGUUUUAUUCAGUUUUUGGAAGGCUACUACGUCAUAUUGAUAACGAAAAGACGUAAAGUGGCCGUUAUUGGACAUCAUACUUUGUAUAAAAUUGAAGAUACUACAAUGAUUUAUAUUCCUCAUGACUCAAUUCGAGCAGUGCACCCGGACGAGUCUAGAUAUGUUAAAAUGUUUCAGAGUAUCGAUUUGGCCAGCAAUUUUUAUUUUAGCUAUAGCUAUGAUUUAACACACAGCCUGCAACAUAAUUUGUCCGAGCCGAAAAAUUUCGUUGCAAGAAACAUGGAUUUACCCUACGAACACAACGAUGAGUUUCAGGAUAAAUUAUUAUGUACAAAUGGUACUAAAGAGAUUCAGUAUUUUGGUAUUAGGACGCAUCCGCUUAAAAAAUUCGUUUGGAAUUUGCAUUUAAUUAGUGAAGCAUUGAAAGUUGAUUUACACCCAAAUUGGAUCCUCUAUAUCACUCACGGUUUUAUAAGCCAAAGUAACAUAAACGUUUUUGGAAGGCCCUUGUAUUUGACUUUGAUUGCUCGAAGGUCGAGUAAAUAUGCAGGAACUAGAUUUUUGAAACGGGGAGCCAAUUUUCAAGGGGAUGUGGCUAAUGAAGUGGAAACUGAGCAAAUCGUUCACGAUUCUGGAGUGUCUUCAUUUACUAAAAGUCACUUCACAUCGUUUGUGCAGAUGAGAGGCUCGAUUCCAGGUCAUUGGAAGCAAGAAAUGGGCAAAAUGGUAGCAAAACCAGCAAUAACCAUAGAUUUCUACGAUCCAUUUGCAGAAACGGCAGGAGCGCACUUUAACGAACUCCUCAAACGUUACGGCGCCCCGAUAGUGAUAUUGAAUUUGGUGAAAAAACGAGAACGAAAGCCACAAGAAUCGCUGCUGAGCGAACAACUGACUUCGGCCGUUAAAUAUCUAAAUCAAUUUUUACCAGUCGAACAUCAAAUUGUCUACAAACGAUUCGAUAUGGCCAGGAAGAACAAGAGCAACUCGAACGUCAUGGAACAAUUGGCCGGAAUUGCGAAAAUCGUCGUCGGAAAAGUCGGAAUUUUUCACAAUCAAAAGAAAUAUUUCAGUCAGAAGUUGAAUACUGUAAUUGGUGAGGAGGCAAACGGGAAUUGUUAG